AUGACGACCUCUGCCGCAUCCCUCACGGCGCCUCUGCGGUUCCUUGCAAAGUACCAUGUAGCCGCAACACGGCAGACCGUCGAGUGCAUUCCAACACAGCUCGCAGAUCGCGAGGCUUCCUGCCUCUUCUUCGGGACGAUCCAUGCCACGAUCAACCACAUCGCCGGGGUCGACAAGCUCUGGCGCCUGCGCCUCUCCGGACAGAGCAGCGUUGCUUCCGAGGCCUUCGACCGGUUCUACAGGAACGACCCGAAGUCCAGCGGUGUGACGAGCGCGGAGCUCUGGCGAACCUACGAAACUGACUGGGCUCGCAGCACCGUUUUGGCAGUGGAGGCCGCGGAAGCGACGGAGGCCUUCGUCCUAGCCCAGACGGAGGAGUCGCUUCUGGAGCUCGUCGUGUACCAGCGCACGGAUGGUACGGAAGUGCAGGUACAGAGAGGAGCGGCCGCGAUGCACCUCUUGAACCAUGCGACGCACCAUCGAGGGCAGAUCCAUGCGGCCCUGACGGAGGCGGGCUGCCGUAGCCUCGUCCUCGACAUGCCGGCGCUCCUGGGUGUGGAGAAUUGCCACUUCUAG